AGGGUUCGUUUCUUGACGCAUGCGCAGCGAGUCUCCGAGCCGGGCUAGGAUGGGAGAAAGUUAGCCUUUGCGCAUGCGUACGCUCGUCCGAGCCGCCGGUUUUCCCGCCUCGUUCGCACUCUUUGGCGGGCGGUUUGAAUGCCGGAUGUGACGGAGGGGGAGGGGCCGGAAGGAGCCGUUUGAAGCGCCUAGAGCUCGGGCCGUGAGGGCAGAAAUCAAGUAGUCAACGUUCCCAAAGAUGAAAAGAAAAGUGGCAAAAGCUGGGAAACUGAGACUUAGUCCCAAUGAGGAAGCUAUGAUUUUGAAAGAAGAAUAUGAAAGAAGAAGAAAACUGAGACUGCAGCAGGUUCGAGAGCAGGAAAGGUACAUUGCCUUACAGAUAAGACAAGAAGUAAAGCAGAGGAAAGAUGAGGAACUGCAUCAGUUGGCAGAAAACCUAAAGGCCGAGUGGCUGAAAGCCCAAGAUCAGAAGAUUAAAGCCUUGGAAAAGCUUUAUUUAUCAAGUCUAAGAGCUGUGGGGGAGGGCCACAGACAGGCAAAGGAAAAUGAACCUGAUUUGGAAUCUCUGGCAAAGCAAAGAGAAGAAAGGAAACAAAGAGCAGAAAAGAGGCAUAAGGAAGCUCUGAAAGAGCAGAAAAAACAAAAAGAAAAACUAGAGACAGAGCAAACAUGGAAAGUAAAUGCACGUAAGCAUGCAAUAUGUGUGGAAAAAGCGAGAGCUGCCAAAAUUGCAAGCCUCCCACCACCUCAACCCUAUCCUUUUGAGAAUUUUGAAGUGAAAAAAAUUCCUACAGUGAAGGUCUAUAAUGCUGACAAUUUUUCUGUUACUCAUCAUCAUCUGUCAGAACCUUAUGUGGAUAGAGAAAUGGACACAGAGCAGCCAGAUGCUCGGUUAGUUGCUGAAGAGGAAGCUAAGCGCUUGAAGGAACUGCAAAAAGAGGAGGAGAGGGGAAGAAGAGAACAGCUUGAAAAAGCACAUGUGAGAGGAAGUCAUGCCUUGAAGAUGGUCCAUUUGGCACAAGACAGGGAAAGACUUAUGAAAGAACUUGAACAAAUGCAGAAUAUGGAUCGGGCAUGCAGGAGACAGAUUGUAGCACAGAUGCCACCACAGCUGUUUGUACCUUCAUACAGACGUGUGGAAAUUAAAGACGACUGGCAAAGAGAGCUGGAGAUGGCCUUUGAAGACAUGUAUAGUGGAGACAGGAAAAUGAAAGGAGACAUGAUUCUGCAGCUUGAACCACAGCCUUUGCCUACCCCUUCUGAUCAAUCUCAGGAUGAUGAACUGGAUAUUUCCCUGGAUCCGGAUAGUGUGUGUGAGAGACAGCCAAGAGUGGAUGAGGUGAUAGAAGAGGAAGUCGGGCACCACAGUCAAUCAGAGAAGCGUGAAGAGGCUCCCCAACCACAAUCCAAACUAGUCUUAAAAAAAUUGCUGAAUAAGAUUCGGAGCCAAAAAGACCAGUGGGCAUCAAAAAGCGAAGCAGAGGUACAAAGUGACAUUCAAACCAUUGAAUCAGGUACACUUCCUAGUGAAGAGAGACUCUUAUGUGAUUUGGAACCUGGUCACAACGCCCAUGGAGAUUCAGUUUCUGAAGCCAAAGAAUCUCUGGAAAUACUAGAACAGAGAAUUGUAGCUGGAAAUUCAGUCCUAAUCCAUCCUCAAGAACAAGCAGCCAAAAUUAGAAUGGAAGCAGAGAGACAAAAACAGAAUGAACAAAUAGAGCAACAAAAACAGGAGCAGCUGGCCUUGCUUAAACAAAUUGAAGAAAAGCGAAUGUGCUUAGAGGAUGACUAUCUGAAGAUCCGAAUGCAUGCUCAUUUGGAAGAAAUUAAGACAAGGGGGCAAGAGGAGAAAGAUCAGCCAUCCCAUCUGGCACAGAUGAAUACUCGUUCGGUUAUGAACCAACAGACAGAGGUGGAACACAGGACUGAAACUGCUGCAGUACCAGAAACUACCAGUCCUAGAGAGAAUGACCAUGUACAGAUGAUUCGUAACUAUCAACAGCGUCUUCUACAACAGAACAGGUUGCACAAACAGUCAGUUGAAGAAGCCAGAAAACGUUUACAGGAGUACCAGAAUAAGUUGAAGCAAAGAUAUCCUUCAACUUCUCCUAUACCCUUAAGCUCUACAGUUGCAUCAGAGUCGAGAUGUGUUGCUUUCAAACCUACUUUGGAAUCAGUUUUACAAACCCAUGUACCUGCAAUGCGAGUUCAUCCAACAGCCUGUCAGUCAACCAAACAAAUGCAGGCUCAAGAAUUUGCACAGCCAUUAAUCAGGUGUUCCAGAGCACAUGGUGUGUUAGAAAAAACAUUUGGGCAAAGAGACAAUGUGCUAAUGCAGAGUACAGGCUUGAGUAGUCAGUUACGGUGUUCACUUACAUCAGAGUUGAAGCAAAGACCAUUUCAGUUACUUCAGCAUUCCCCUUCACACAAGCAAAUGGAAUGGUUGAAUUCCAGUAAUCAGGUCAGAGAGUCCUCUGAAUCCCAGAGGCUGCCAGUAUCAGUCCUGACUUAUCAAGGUACUUCCUUGGAUAUUUUGCAACCAGAGGCACAGUUCAUUUUGCCUACAGAAGAUUCAUCUGAGUCUUCAGAAACUUUGCAUUUUGAAAAAAAUCUAGGAUCUCCAAAGGUGCCAAACCAACAAAUAGAGACAGAAGCCCCCAAACAGCCUCUGUUCUUAGUACCUUGUAUGCCACCAACAGAGGAGUCUCUCAUAACUCAGGCAGCAUCAUUUGACUCUUCAGAGUGCCAGCAGAUACCUGCAGAAAGCAACAUAAAAACCUUUGAACCAACCUUCACUCAGGCAUUUCAGCAUCUUACUUCAUUAUCUCUUGAGCCUGGGGUGAUCCAGGAGUCCUUGGCAUCAAGAAAUAAGGAUGUUUCGUUGUUAAAUUAUUCCAAUAUAUUGAAUUUAAGGGAGAGAGUGCUAGCCUCUUCAGAAAGCAUCCAAGCUCAGCAAGACCACUUGAAACAACUGCAAAAGCAACUGGACACACAAAGAGAAGCUCUUCUUUCUAGGCAGAGAAUGCAGGAAGAAUUACUUAUAUGGAAACAAACUAAAUUGAAAGAACAGAUGCAAAGAAAACAAGAGGCUGUGAAGGAUUUGCUUAAUAAGCAGGUUGGACAAUUUAGCCCAUACAGAGAGAUGACAGAAACACAAAAGCCAGACCAGUUCACUCUUUUCAAAGGAACAGAAAAUUAUCAAGACGAGGUCAUCUGUGGUAAUGUGAACAAAUACAAUGAAAAUGAAGUGCUUUCAUGGCACAUCAGUCCAGCUGAGCAAAUAGAACAGUCUCAAAGAAUUCCAAUAAGAGAACAGAAAUGUAGAACUUCAAAACCACCUCUGGCAAAAAUCAAAUUAGGUCUAAAUUUGGAACAACAUGAACUUAGUGUUAUACCUGAGGUAGAUACACCAAGAAGUUGGAAUGUUUCUCUUGCAGGUAAGCCCGAUUCUCCCGGUGAAGAAACUUCUUUCUUUGGCACUGAGGGGGAGCUAACAUCUAAUAUGUGCAGCCAUGAAUCUCUUAAUGAAGAAAGAGACUUAUCCAGAGUCCUAGCAAGCUCUAAAGAACAAAGCUCUAAUGACAGCUUAAGACAAAGUGAGCAGUCAAGUAGCUCAUGGCAUGAACUGCAGAUGGUGGAUGGUGAAAGUUUGUGUGACCCAGGCCAGUCCCAGGAUUCUGUUAUACCUCAAGAUUCACCAGUUUUUUCUGCUAACACUGGAAGGGGAAUCGCUGCAGAUUCUGGGUUAUUUUUUAGCCCCAACUGUACGGUAGCACUUUCUGGAGUGCCGCCCAGCAGUUUAAGUUCACAGGCUUGCCUACAAGAGGCAACAUGCAAUUUGUCUUCAACAACAAUUUCCACUGGAAGCUUUUUAACCAGCAAAAAGUUGGACAUAAGUCUUGCUAACUCUGGCUUGUCUUCAAAUAGCACAGAGGAUAGGAUUUUGCGAGAAACAGCGAACAGCCCUUGGAACUCUUCAGCUUCUCCCAUGUCUACCGCUCAGCAGGGACAAGGGGAUUCCUCUGAAGUUUCUGAAUCUCAGUUGGCUGCAGAAGAAAAUGUUGUCUCUAAGAGAAGAUCAGUUCAGCGGAUAAUAGACAAAUAUACUAAAGACUUUAAUUGGUUACCUGAAAACAAUGCAGCAUUCCAUGCUCCAGCAGUUGGACUUGAUUUGUCAGAUAUGGAAAGGCAUUUCCCUCACUUCCAUCGCCAGCUGUUUCAACCUUUGGAACAAAGUCCUGACUUGGAUCUCUCAUCUUCCCUUUCUCAAUAUAAAAUUUCUCAAGACAGCAAAGACUGUAGCAAGAGUUCAAGUUUCUCAACAGAAAGUCAAGACACAUCUACAUUUCUAGAAACCACAACCUCAAGCCGGAAAAUGAGAAAUAACAAUCCACGUUCUUGUCAUGAAAUGAAGGGGCUAAAUAAGGUUUCAUUACAAGCAGAGGAAUCUCUUAAAGAAAACAUUACUCUGGGUUCUGAAGAAUCUUUUCAUCCACUACAAUUGGAAUCUACUCUGAAUGAAAAUGGUCAGAGUGCUGAAAAAACAGUAGACCUUAGCAUUGUACCUGAAAGCUCUUCUGAACAAAAUCCUGAAAUAAAAAAUGCAGAGAGUGAGAGGUGCAUUUCACUUGUUGGAGACCAAUAUGAGGAGCUGAGGAGAAACAUCGAAAAUAUUAAUUUCCAGUCUUCUGUGGAAAGCCUGCGAAGUCAAAGUCAAAGUUCACUGGAAGAACAUAGUUCAUUUGACCAGCUAAAUACAACACAGAUUGCAGUAAACAAAACUCCACUGGCUGAGCUUUCUUUUAAAGAGGAUGGGGAAUUCGGAGCCUUGUGUUUUGAUACUGUGACACCUGAUAAAUAUCAGGAGCUUACUAAAACCCCAGUUAUUGCAAGGGAAGCUAAUACGCUGGUGGAAGUGGCUUCACAGCGCAGCACAAAUGUAGCAGAGGAAGAGCAAGGCUUUUUAGAGGCACAGAUGUCCUGCAGUAUGUCUAGAGAAACUUAUUCAGAAAUCUCAGCUAUCCCUGUGGAAGCUACUGUGCAAGAGAGUGAUCCUGUACUGGAAAUGCAUGAAAAACAAAGUCCUCAUUCAGUGCUUACAAUAAGUUCAGGCCCUUGCUUGUCACAAGCCUGGGUGCCAGUUUGGGAGACAGAGUCAGGGCAUGGUAUUAUGGAAGAACCUGAACUCACUCUACUAAGCUCAAAUGAUAUCACUGUUGCAGAAUCAGACAUAGAUUCCAUUGGCCAAGAGGAAAAAAGAGAAAAUGAAAUCAGUACCCCAGCAUGUGCUGAUCAGUCUGAGUUCAAAAGUUGUUCUGAGAAGAGAGAUUUUUUCCCGUUAGAGCCAAAAGCAGAUUGUUUCAUUUUCACGCAGCCUGACUGUUCUGCAGUAACGAAGAGAUCUCGUGAAGAUCAAUCUCUAUUACAUCAGUCUGGAGUGAUGCUACUGGAGUUCACUUCUACACCAGCAAGUUUACAAGAAGCAUUUUUUAAAAAAAAGAAAAACUUCAUUCAUAAGUCCUCUGAGAGAAUUCAAGAAAUUAAAAAUAGAGAAAGUAAAAAGCCACAAGCUAAGCUGUUUCAGAGGAACAAGACUGAAAGAUUUCACAUGUUGAAUGAGCAUUCUCCAACCUCUGGUGCAGCUGUCAGUCAGUUGAAGAAAGUUGGGGAAGUGAAAGUCUGCUCUCCAGAGGACAGGAGGUCUGCAGAAACAGAAAUACACCAGCGCACUUCAAGGCUUUAUAACCAAUUAAUGGAAGUGAAAAUCAGAAAGGAAGAAAAAACAAGGCAAGAAGCCUAUGCUAGAAACAGAGAGAAAGCUAAAGAGUUUCAAAAGAAAACACUGGAAAAACUUCGAGCAAGAAAGAUGCAUUGAUGUACACCAGAUCCUGUUAGAAGACAUUUGGGAACAUGAUGAAGGCAUUACUACUUUCCUAGUGCAAUCCAAAGAAUGCACUUACAGCAUCAAACUUAGAUUAAGCAAUAUCAUGUAAUAAUUGUGAAUAAUGAGCUUUUAAUAUAUUUGAAAAUCAUAAUUUAAAUCAUUAUUAUAGCAACCUAGAUAAUGUUUUAUUCCCACAACUAAACUACUACAAAGACCGGUAUAACUAUGCUUUGUUCAGUCUGUCAGUUUAAAGUCAAUUUCUGCUUAUAUUUAUAGUGACUCGGGUUAACAAGAUCAAGAUUCUUGUAGAAAGGUGGGGAGGGGGGUUCUUAAUUGUUGUACGACAGCAUUUGAAAGGUGU